AAACACUAUUGUGACUAUUGCGAUGUCUUCCUGACCCACGACUCUGCUUCAGUGCGCAAAGCCCACAACAGUGGUCGGAAUCACCUCGCAAACGUUCGGGACUACUACGCUUCACUUGGUCACGACAAGGCGCAGAGCAUCAUUGACCAGAUCACAGCUGCAUAUGAGAGCGGCAAUCCUCCUCCUCCCGGCGGGUUUGGGUUUGGUCCUCAGCAUCUAGCUCCUCCUGGGCCGCCAUUUGGCGGUCCCCCCAUGGGCUACGGCGCCCCGCCUCCUGGAUUUGGUGGUCCCCCUCCAUUCGGUGGUACGUCCUUCUCGCUAUCUCCGCCUCUGCCGCGUCCCUCAUGGCGUUCAGGUCGCCCGCCAAUGCCUCCUGGUCCGGGAGGCAUGCCUCCUCCCGGUAUGAUGGGGCCUCCAGGUGCGCCCCCUUUCCCUCCGAACAUGGUGCCUCCUCCUGGCAUGGGUCCUCCAGGCAUGGGUCCGGGCGGGUUCCCGCCCUCAGGUAAGUGUGAGUCCCCUCGAUGA